AUGUACAGCUUAACUACAUCACAGGUAGAAUCCUAUCACCGUCACGGCUUCCUCGUUCUUCGAGUCGGCGAGCACCAACUUGUUGACCCGGCUGAUCUAGCAAAGUGGGCGGAAGAAGUAAAAUCAUGGCCUCGUGAAAAGGGAAAAUGGAUGCCCUACGACGAAAUCAAUAUCAAAGGCGAGCGUCAGUUGAUGCGCACUGAGAAUUUUGUGGGUUAUCACGACAAGUUCAAGGCUCUUGUCUGCGGAGAGGAGUUGGCGGGUAUUUUGAAAGCGUUGACUGGAGAUGAUAUGCUUCUUUUCAAAGAUAAAAUCAACUACAAGCAAUCUCGCGGAAACGGGUUUCAAGCACACUUAGACGCCCCUGCAUAUGACCACAUCGGCCGUAUCGAGCAUGUUACAGCGAACUUCGCUAUUGACCCAGCCACUCCAGAAAAUGGAUGCCUUGAAGUAGUACCUGGAAGCCAUAAGAUGGACGUGCCGUGCAUCAACGGCGGCUGCAUCGAUCCUACCUGGGAGAGCGCUCAGACUUGGCUCACGGUACCCCUGGAAGCUGGUGAUGUACUGAUAUUCGGUUCGCAUUUGGCACAUAGGUCAGAUGUCAAUGAUACAGACAAGGCGCGUGCUAGUCUAUAUGCCACAUUCUAUGGGAAGAGUGAUGGGCUGGAUUUGAGGGAAAAGUAUUAUGUGCAUCGACGGGCCAAUUUCCCUCCUGAUCACGAACGUGAACCGGGUAAAGACUACACGCAAGGCUUCAAGACCUACGGGUUUGCUGCCCCCUUUUCCAAGAUUGAAGACCAGGCUCCUGUUACGGCAUGA